ACAGAUAGGUCUUGAGUCAGCUUUUUGAAAUGUGUUUUUUGGCCAGAAAACCCGUCGUAAUAAAUGACCGAAAUAUCUUUCUCUUGGGAGGAAUGGGGAAUUUGGCAAAGGGCUCGAUGAUGAAUGAUCAAAGUGAUCCUAUCCAAUUCUCGAUCCAUUCGAGAGCGCGACAAGUCGAUUUCCGAUCAUUCCCAAUGCUCUGUUCGAAUCUAGUCGAGGUCUUUCUGGCUAAAAGUAGGUCCAUCCAUGGUGCACUACUACAUUAUACCUGCUUGAAAGGAACUCGUAAUCCCAUUCAAAGGCCAUACAGACUUUCUACUGGGUUUGAAGAUCCCAUGGAACACAAAGUGAAAGGACCAGGAUUCGGGGAUUCCAAGCUGCUGAUCGAAGGUUUCAAUCACAAAAGAUCUUGAGAUUAGGAACACUUGAGCUCAAAAGCUCGCGUAUGUAGUAACCUCUUCUGCGCUUGAAAAUUAAUCAUUUCGUGAAGUUGAGCCAAUCUCUAGCCCAACAACCCUUGUCCCAAAACUGGCCUGUUGAGCUUCAACAUUCAACCUUGAAGUUGAGUUCCGACUUCCGAGCAGCGUCUGCCCAGUCAAUUAAUUAUUCAUUCUUUGGGCCACCAAACCAACGUGGCCUUUCUUGUGCUCUACGAGACUAAACUCCAGCAGAGGGGUCACGAAUUCCAAGACCGGAUUAAAGGCCCACCACUCAGUGUUCAUGGCAUCGGCACGACAGGACCAAGAGGGCCAAGAAACUUCGGACGAGAUUGAUCUGAAUUCAUUAAAGCAGGAAAUCUUUCUGAAGCUGGUAAUCCUGGGUGAUCUUGGAGUUGGGAAGAGUUCACUCAUUAAGCGAUACACUCAAUCAAAUGAAUCCAUUGACUACAAGGUCUCGAUCGACACAGCCUUUCAAGUGAAACGAGUGGAACUGGAUGGCCGCGUGGUGAAUAUUCAACUUUGGGAUGUGCCUGGCCAUGAAAGAUACGGAGGCCUGACCCGGACAUUCUAUAAGUAUGCCCACGGAGCGUUGAUUGUGUUUGAUCUUUCAAGGCCAGAAACGUUCGAGAACGCCCUAAGCUGGCUGAGUGACGUCACAGAAAAGUUGUUCGAUGCUCGACAAAAAUCGCAGUACUUUUUAGAGGAACAGCAAGGAAGCACCUCGAAUGGGUCUUUGGACGAGGCAAAUCGAGCCAUGCCCAUCAUUUUGUUGGCCAACAAAAGUGAUCUCCCGGAGUUGAAGGUGCCCAGACAGAAAUACAGCUCCUAUGUUCAAGAAAAUGGAUUAUUAACUUGGAUGGAGACUUCUGCCAGAGAUGGGAGCAAUUUCAGUCUAGCCGUCAGACGUUUGGUGGAGUACAUCCUAGACACAGAUCCCACAGUGAAGCAAGCCAAGGCCAACGAAAAGUUCUGGGGCUCUCAAAUUGGGACACGAUAA